CCAAACAUCUUCAUUGAGAUCCCCCCAACAGGAUGAAGAACCCGUCUGCAGCAGCUGCAUUGCCAGACAAUCCGCCAACCUCUGGGGCCAAGCAGAUUGUGCGCAUCAACGACGACGGUACCAAGUUUGAGUUGGACGAAGAAGCCAUUGAUGGAAUCCUCCACAAGAUUGACCCCGACAUGAAAGUUGCCAUCAUAUCUGUGGUGGGCGCAUUCCGCACGGGCAAAUCGUUCGUCUUGGACUUAUUCUUGCGCUACCUCAAGUACACGUCGUCCCAUCCUGCACCUGAAGUGACGUCGCGCGAGUGGGCUCUUGCAUGCGGACCUCAUCUCGAAGGCAAUUCGAAUUUCGAGACCACGAACGGCGAGGCAGGGUUCUCGUGGCGCGCCGGCCGGAAACGCAACACUACUGGCAUCUGGAUGUGGAGCGAACCGUUUAUCCGCAAAAGCUCUUUGGGCGAGGACAUUGCGGUGUUUCUCAUCGAUACGCAGGGCAUGUUUGAUUCGGAAACGUCGCAAAUGCUCACUGCAAGCAUUUUCGGAUUGAGCACGUUGUUCAGUUCCUAUCAGAUUUACAACGUCGACAAGCGCGUCCAGGAAGACAACCUCCAACACCUGGCGCUGUUCACCGAAUAUGGCCGCAUGGCAUUGCAAGGAUCGAUUGAAGAAGGUGAGAACCAACUGAUGAAGGAAGCAUCAAUGCGCAGUAUUCAAUCGUUCGCGCGCGUGAUUUCGGACAAGCAGAUGCAACGUCAAGGCAACAGCACCGUCUCGAACGACAUGGGCGAGCUGGACGCGACGGACGUCGAGGACGACGGCACCACCGAGACAAGCGGCGUUGGCGACGACGCGAAUGUAGAUGAUGAACCCGUGAUCCGACCGUUCCAGCACCUAGAUUUCCUCGUGCGCGACUGGCAAGAUUUCAAGCGGUCAGCGACCCUGGCCGAAAAGCAAGCCGACAUGCAAGCGUACGCGUCGGAGGUGUUGAGCACUCGCAAACAACAAGACUUGGCCGACACGCGCGAACAGAUCCAUUCGUGCUUUGAAACGAUUCGAUGUGUGCUGCUUUCCCACCCCGGACACGCCGUAACGGACUGCGAGUACGACGGCAGUAUUGACGAGAUCGACGGCCGCUUCAUGGAGCUCCUGACAGCGUACUUGAACACAUUGUUUGGUGAAAAGUCCCUUGAACCCAAGAAAAUUCAUGGCGUCACCAUCACGUCCCGCGAAUUGCUGGUGUUUAUCAAGUCGUAUGCGGCGCUGUUCAAGGAGGCGUCGAUCUUUCCCGAAGCCAAGACGUUGCUGGAAGCGACGGCGGAAGCCAACAAUGCCAAUAUGAAGGAUCGAGCGCUGACCAAGUACAAGGCCGAAAUGCAAAAGAAGGUCGGUCCCAAGUGCGGCUAUGUGCAGCCGCACCAUUUGACGGAGCACCACCGCUUGUGCCUUCUUGGCAGCAUGACGAUUUUUGACAUGGGCGCCAAGAUGGGCCGUCAGUCGGCGAUUCUGAAGACCCGUAAAGAACUCGCCGAGGCGAUUCUUGCCGAGCACGCGCGAUACGUUGAAGUGAAUGCCGAACGUGACCCGUACAAGAACCUGGAAUUCUACCUUGUGCCGGCAACCGUCGCAAUCGUGUUGUUUUUCUUUCGCAUCGUGCAGGACUUGCUCUGCUAUGAAAACUUUGGUUACGACAUUCCAGUCUACGAUUGCAAACACGUCAGCGUCACACUGUCCCACUUGUACUGGGCAAUCAUCACGUUCAUGUGCAUCGUGACGUUUGCCACGGGCAGCUUGAUGGCCGAUCGAUUGAAAGCCGUCGUGACCGUUGCCAAAGCAGCCUUUCUUGAUCAUUCCGAGAAGGCCAAGACAGACUAACGGAAGCGUUGAUCGACGCCCUCGGUGAAACCAGGUUGUACGCUACGUAGACUAAAGCAUGUACCGACGUCGCAGAGUCGACCCUUUUGAUCCGCUCAAGUCGGUCAAGUGUAAAAUUACAUAUACACUUCAUUGCCGUUUUUU